AGGCGUUUCUCAGUGGGUGAGUGUCGAUGGGGCAGACUGAGGAAUGGAGCCAGAAGUCGGGGUGAGGAGGAAGCGGAGGCUUCAUAAACGAUCAGUGCAGGCCGCAAGCCAGGAAUAAGACGCUGCAGGUCCCGUAUUCGCAGUUCCAGGACAUUUUUCCCGGUCCAGCACCAGCUUAGCGGCCGCCAUCUUGGUCCAGCGGGCAGUGGAGGGCUUACGCGGCCAUCUUGAUGACGCACCAGAGAGUGGGCGGGGCCUAAGGGUCCCGGUGACUCGAAGAGAAAGGCGGCGUUUGCUGCCAACGCCGUGAAUGUGUUCUGCUGCUGCUGCUGCUCCACUCUCUCUGAAUAAAGAUUUAGCUUCACACACACCAAAUGUUCCUCCUGUGCCCAACAUCUGAACUGAAGGGAAAGGAAGUGAAUCCAGGGAGGACAUUGACUCUGGAAAGGUUGGCCCAGGAUAUUAGAAGGAGAGGAUUUUCAGACAGAAAUCUCAAAUCAAACGUCACAUGAAGAUCUGACAAAAUCACUUAGUUUAUGAGGACCAGAAUAUCAUUGGCCUUUGAAUCUAGAAAGAGAAAUGUUUGUCUGUAUUGUCUGCUUCAAAAGGUUUUAAACAUCAGUGUGACUGGUAGAACAUCAAGACACACAGAGCCGAGUGAGAGGUCCUGGUGCACUGACUGUGGAAAGAACUUUAACUAGUUACCCAGUUGAAAAAAUAUCACACAAUUCACAGUGAGGAGAGGCUGCACGUGUGGCCUGUGUCUAGACAAGGCUUCAACUGAUCGUCAAGCCUGGAGAGGCACAAGGACACCUGCAUCAUGGAGAAACCAUGGAAAUGUGGGGACUGUGGGAAGGGACUCAGAUCCCCAUCAGAGCUGGAGAUUCAUCGACGUAGUCACACCGGGGAGAGACCGUUCACCUGCUCCAAGUGUGGGAAGGGAUUCAUUGAUUCAUCUGCACUGCGGAAGCAUGAGCGAGUUCACAAUGGGGAGAGACCGUUCACCUGCUCUGACUGUGGGAAGCGAUUCACUAAGUCAUCCAACCUGCACUCACACCAGCGAGUUCACACUGGGGAGAAACCAUUCUCCUGCUCCAAGUGUGGGAAGAGAUUCACUCAUUCAUCCAACUUGCUGACACACCAACGAGUUCACACUGGGGAGAGGCCAUUCACCUGCUCUGAGUGUGGGAAGAGAUUUAUUAAUUCAUCCCACCUCGUGGCACAUGAGCGAAUUCACACUGGAGAGAGACCGUUCACCUGCUCUGAGUGUGGGAAGGGAUUCGGAUUCCCUUCUAAGCUGGAGAUUCACAGACGCUGUCACACUGGAGAGAGGCCGUUCACCUGUUCCACAUGUGGGAAGGGAUUCACUCAGUCAUCCCACCUCCUGUUACACCAGCAAAUACACACAGGGGAGAGGCCAUUCACCUGCUCCGAGUGUGGAAAGGGCUUCAUUGAUUCAUCUGCACUGCAGAAGCACAAGCGAGUUCACACUGGGGAGAGACCAUUCACCUGCUCUGAGUGUGGGAAGAGAUUCAGUCAUUCAUUCAACUUAGUGACACACCAGCGAGUUCACACUGGGGAGAGACCAUUCACCUGCUCUGAAUGUGGGAAGGGAUUUGCUCAUUCAUCCACCUUGUGGGCUCACCAGCGAGUUCACACUGGGGAGAGACCUUUCACCUGCUCUGAAUGUGGGAAACAAUUCAGUGAUUCAUCCACCCUACGGAAACACCAGCGAGUUCACAGCAGGGAGAGGCCAUUCACCUACUCUGACUUUGGGAAGGGAUUCACUCAUUCUUCAAACCUGCUGACACACCAGCAAGUUCACGAGUGAUUACAGAAAUUGGAUUCUGCUGUUAUUGCUGCUGUUAAUCCAAUCCAGGAUUGAACCAUGUUCAUUCUUACAGUUAGUGAAGUGGGAGGGUCGGAGGGUUUCAUUCUGCUGGACAGGCCGGUCACCAUAUGACCAUAAGAUGUAGGAGCAGAAAUAGGCCAUUCGGCCCAUUGAGUCUACUGUUCUAUUCUAUGAGAUCACGACUGAUCUGAUAAUCCUGAACUCCAAUUUCCUAUCUUUUCCCCAUAACCCUUGAUUCCCUUACUGAUGAAAACUCUGUCUAUCUCAGCUUUGAAUAUACUUAACGACCCAACCUCUACA